AUGGUUAGCUCUUCGGUGGCUGUACGCGAGAAGCUGGACAAGUACAAGUGGAAGAAACGCGCGACCAAACCCUUAACACAGUGUUGGAGUUCCAUUGGACCCCGCGUAUCUCUGACAACGGGGAAAAUCCAAAGACCACAGAAAACAACGCCGGCCAUAUCGUCCGCAUGCAUGACUACACCAUCCAUCACCAACCCAAACGUCAAUUCGUAUGUGAUUGUCAGCAUUGUAGAGGGUAGGGGGAGUUCUACUGGCGAAAUUGGAAUUGCAAGUCUGGAUUUGAAUCGGCCAAACAUCGAAUUAUCGCAGUUCUGUGAUACAAGCAGUUACAGUCGAACGUUAGUUAAGUUACUUGUCCUAAACCCUAAUCUGAUAAUCGUGCCCCAUUCAUCUUUGGAACCAAGCAGUUGUAUGCAGAAACUCGUCCGUGUUCUCCAAGGCUUCCGUACCAGCUCACCAGUCAUCGGUGUAUAUAGAGGGCGCUUCAACGAUAGACAAGGUCUUUGUGAUCUACGACGACUUUGCCACCCAGUGUACCUGGCUUCAAUAUAUGCCAUCAGACAGCGUUUCUACGCUCUCGCAGCCACGUCAGCACUCUUCCACUAUGCCGAAGAAGCGCAUGGUCGUUUUCACGCUCCUCGGUCUCUCAAGUUCAGCUUUACGGGAUCAUUACAAACAACAAUGAUCGAUCUGAAAAGUGCAUGUCGUCUUGAGCUGGUUGACUUCACUGGUGAUACCAAAGCAUCCAAAUCGUUGUAUGCUGCAAUCAACUUCACUUGUACCGUUGGAGGAUCACGGCUUCUCCGUGCGAACAUUCUCGAGCCUCCUUGUGAUCUACCCACAAUACUCCAAAGGCAGGACGCAAUAACUGAGCUAGCGAAGUCACCAGAACUCUUGGUUGGUGUACAGAAUGUCCUGCGGCAGUUCCCGAAUAUUGACGGUCUACUUUCACUAUGCGUACAGAUAUGCAGUUCUCCAAAUACCUCGUUAAAUCACAACACUCCACUGACAGAUGGAACAUGCACCACGCGUAUUCCCGUUGAUAAAACCUCGAAGAACGAAAAUGACAUUACAAAAUCCAAUAGCGCAAUGCCAAGGACGGGUGGAUGUGACCAGCUGGAAAGACAGAUGUCCAUUGCGAGAAAUUCCAGUGCGCCGUCAUUUCAGGUUCCAUCAACACACAGGACCGAACCCUCGUUUAUCCAAGGUCCUGCAAGUCUGCAAGCCGCUGAAUGUCGUACGACACGUGUUAUUGGUAUCAAGAGCAUGCUUGAUCUCGUACCUAGGUUACACAAGGCUUUGGGUGGCGUAAAAUCCAGCUUGCUCAGAACGUAUAAGGAUCUUUUGAGUGAUCCAGGGUAUGAUGCUGUUUUGCGAAAGCUCUGUACAGUGUUACACUCAGACGUCCGCAUGAGCAAGGGAUUGUUGGCAAUGAGGAGUCAGAAGUGCUUUGCCAUAAAGGAAGGUAUCAGCGUUAUUCUCGAUGUUACUCGAAGGGCUUACUCAGAACAGCUGGACGACGUUACUGCGGAAGUCAGCAGACUGAGUAAAAAGCACGGACUCCCACUUCGAGUGGCCCACAACAAAGUUCGUGGAUUUUACAUACAGAUCCCAGAGGCCGCGCUCACCGGUAAUGAAGGGCGAGAAAGCGCACAAAACACAUCGGUUUCGUUAGAGGAUGACUCUGGGAAUCGUGAUUUUGGAGAUCCGUGGGGUUUGGACGAGAUCCCAGUGCACAAAGUAGCUGAGACCGACACAUGGGAGAAUUCUUCGCAGUCGGAAAUUCAGAAUCAGACGGACUCAACAUCAGCGAGAUGCAAGAACUAUUCAAGAACGCAGCUUCCCAAAGAAUUUAUCAAGGUCUGCUAUUCGAAGUCACUCAUCCACUGUACCACGGAAACUUUGGUAAAAAGAAUGAAGGGUUCUCUGAACGAAGUCUACUACAUUGCUGAUCAGUACGUUGGUCAUAUACACCUCACAUAUAUCCGCCCUAGAAUCAUUUGUGACCUUAUAUCUGAGCUUCACCCAGAAAUGGGCUUAUUUUAUCGACUUUCCGAGGUAGUCGCCGGUCUGGAUUUCCUAGCAUCAUUUGCACGGUUGGCUGUAAGUAGCCCUCCAGGAAGUCCAUUUGUGUAUCCCAAAUUUAUGGACAGGCUUGCAAUAAAAAACGGAAGAAACAUUGUGCUCGAACGCUUUUCUUCGGGUGCAGUUGUGCCAAACCAUACGUACGCAGCAACGGAUCUGAGCCUGACAAUUCUCACUGGCCCAAGUAUGAGUGGCAAAUCGGCAUACUUACGACAAGUUGCCUACUUUCAGAUACUAGCCCAAGUUGGUUCCAUGGUUCCUGCAGAAUUUGCCACAGUGCGCACAGUUGACCAGAUUUUCUACCACACAAGUGGAGCUGACGACCUGCUGUUCAAUGAGUCCAGUUUUACUAGAGAGAUGAAAGGCAUGAGCUACCUUCUUCGCCAGUCUACGAACAAAUCAUUGGUUCUGAUCGAUGGCUUGUGUCAAAGCACGAAUCAACGCGAGGCGAUCCACCUCAUGUGGGCCAUCUGUGAAGCGCUGCUGCAGAGCAAGGCUUUCACAUUUUUGGCAACACAGAAUAACGAAAUCACUCAAUUGGCAAAAUCUUAUCCGAAUGUGGAAAAUUGUCACUUUCUUGUCCACGUGGAGUCCGUGAAAGGCGGUAACAGAGUAACCGAAGAAACGGACAUAAACUGGACAGGAUAUGAUAACACACGUGGCGACGACUCGAUCUGUCAGUCUUCAACUGUUGUUGGUGAAUUGCCUUUUGGACGUACACGAGAACACAAUAACACCUUAGAAUCAGAUGGCGUACAAUUACGGUCUAAAGUAACCUUCACAUAUAGGCUGGUUAAAGGAGUUGCUGUCAAACAAAAGGGUUUGGCGCUUAUGAGCUUGAAUGCAUUGCCAAUCGACGUUUUGAGGCGUGCCGAAGAGCUGAUGGAGGAGCUAACUAGCGGAAUCUCAAGGGCUCAAAGAAAUCAAGAAACAGGUGUAUCCCAAACAGUAACAUGUAUUCCAAAAUGCUCAGUGAGUAGUUGGGCUUCCGAACCCAUCCAUAGGACUGGAACACUAAAAAAGCACAUGGACCCAAAUUGUUGGACAGAGCCGUCGUUUUUAACGGAUAACAGUUCGCCCACCGGAAUCAAUCGGGUAUCGCAGGCAACCAGUAGCACCUGUUUGCGAGAAAACGACCCCAGAAACAUGCCCGAAACUACCCUGGAUAUGACGGAUCGCCUCAGAUUCCAGUUGUUACGACAAAUGUCCAUAUUGGCAAAACCAAUCACUCAACAGUCGAACAUCGGUACGCCAAACGAUGGGAUGCGGCCACACGAGAAGGAACUGUUAAUGUAUAUCCGCUUCUUAAAAAACAGAUAUCGGGCGGUUAUCAAAAAUACUCCAAACCCAGAAGAAUGACCCUACUUUGUAAAAUGGAUUACCACAAGUCCGACGGCAUCUCCGUUUGUAAAGCACUUUUCUGAUCACUUAUAAUGAAAUACAAACAUGCAAUCUCCUAGACUUU